AUGGACAGCGUCAAUGUCUCCGAAUUGGUCGCCCGCCUCGGGGCGGAGGAGGAGUCGGUGCGGAAAAUGGCCGUCUUCAAACUGCAAAAUGCCAUUGGCGACCCCUCUUUCGCCGACGUAUUCAUAUACGAAGGCGGAUUGCCAAAGCUCCGCUUCCUGGCGCUGCAUUCCACGGGAAAUACUCUGGCUUACUGCCUUACGUCGCUGGCACGCCUGCUGGAGUUGGACAAGGGAUGGGACCAUGUCACUGACGACCUUGUCGCGAGGAUUGUCGACCUCGUCGUCGCGCAGCCCCUAGUCAACGUCAAUCGGGGCGCCAUGUCAGUCCUCGCAGCCAUUGUCGGUCACCCCUCGCGCAACUCGGCCUCUGGCGGCUCCCAAUGCGGCUUCCAGCGCCUCAAGCCAGCUGUCGACUUGCAGUCGCAAUUCCUGCCCGCCCUCGUUGAGAAGAUCACAUCGGCCGACCAUGCGUUAUGUGCAAACUCGCUCCAGCUUAUCAACGCCCUUAUGCGUGACGCCAUUGCCAAUGAUGCAGCUUUUGAGUGGCCCAAGUUCAUAAAGCAGCUACAAGAGCUGGGCGUCAUCAAAAGUGUAUACGGUCUUAUGCAGAGUUCAGCCGUUCAGGACCUGGCUAUCCCUCUCUUGGAAUUCCAGUCCCUUACCAAGAUCUUGCUGCGAAAGUGGAGGGAGGAAAAGGUCGACUUGGAGAACCCCGACCACCGAAGGGCCAUCCGUGGCCUGCACACGGCAAGCAACCCGGACAAGGCGGCGGCAGCGGACCCCCAGGGAAGCAAGAAACAGGACCCUACAAAGUGGAGGCGAUUAGGCUUUGAGACCGAGUCGCCAGGCUGGGAGUUUGGUGCGACUGGCUUCCUAGGCCUCAUGGACAUUACCGACUUUGUCUACAAGAACGAAGAUGGGUUUCAGAAGCUCCUGCUCGAGCAGUCGGCAGAAUCACAGGAGAACCGAUGCCCAAUUGCUCGGGCAAGUCUUUCAGUAACCCAGACGCUAUACGAGCACUUUGAGGUGGACAAGAUUGACGACGUGGAAACUCAUCAAGCCAACGACACGCGGGCCAACUUUGAGCGAGCCUUCAGACCCCUUUUGCUGCACUGGUCUCGGCUCCACACAAGCGGCCUUAAUGCCUUUAUCCGCCUGUGGAAGGCAGCGGGCGCGCAAUUGGACGACUUUGAAAAGAUUGAAGAACUGAUAAGAAUUCUGGUCGAGCAGGUCGUGGGCCAGGCCCCGCGCAUGAAGGACGUCAAGGACGUUGAGGAGGAGCUAGCAGAGUUUGAGCUCAAGCGCCUCCGCGCGCUUCAGAUGGAGGUUCUGGAACUGACGUAUGAAGAUGCGUGGGGCCAGCAUCUCCGCCAAGUACGCGACGAGCUCAAUCACGAGGCGCUGCAGUUUGUCAAAGAGCAGCGUAUACGAUGCCUACUGCAAGGCGCUUGGUUCCCAAUGGGCCUGGAUUACGGUUCAAGUGCGGGUCCAGUUACCAGCAAGACGCUUAAUCGCUCUGUGCCAUCGGCUUGGCGUUUUGUUCGAUUGUCACACAACCGGAGGUAUCUGCACUAUGCUGACUUUGACGACAAGACGGCGACGGAGCCGCGGCUAGACGCACUGCAAGAGAAGAUCGAUCUGUCCAUCGUCUCCUCAGUUGUGAGCAAUGUCUCGGCGUCGGCCCCGUCAACCUCAUCGUCUGAUACCACGCUCAGAACACUGCCAGGCCACGAGCGCGUGUCUACGUCGACCAAGAUUACCAUCCACGGCUAUCUGCCGUCGUCUAAUCAUUCACGACAGACGUCAAGCGGCUCAGGUGCAGGGCGCAAGGAGUCUGUCUUGCUGCAUCUGCACCCCCAAAGCCAUACCCUAGCUUCCGAGUGGCUUGACGGACUGCUGAUGCUGCUCAACCAACAACCAAUUACGGCCGACACCAACAAGUUGAUCACAUUUAUAGGCGGCUACGGGCUCAAAAUACGGCUGCUGAAUGUGCGAUACGAAGAGGUCGGACUGGAAGAGCCGGUUCUCCCGAGCCGCGAAGGGCUGGACGAUGAAUAUUACUACGAUAUUGCCGGAGCUUGAGCAAGCACGACAUGCUUAAUUACAGAAGAACGGGUGUUGACAAGUAUCGAUCUGCAAAGCCAAUGGAAAUUUGGAAUGGGUCGGCCAGAAGCUAAAGUGUAUAGUGUGUUGUGUUGGGUAGGCUAAGAGGAGAGGCUCCGAGAGGCUAAACUUGGAAGCUAAACUUGGCUGACGCGCGAACCAUACGUUGGCGGGGUAGAGGGCGAUGGGCUGUUAGAGUUUUGAUGAAUCAUGUCGAUGUUGACCCAUAUAUUGGGGGAGAUUGCAUACAUAUGCAUACAGCAUAACUAUACGGUAGUGGUAGGGGUUGUUGUUUUUGGUGGGGCCGGCAGAAGAUACAUGUUUGUUUGGGACGGGGGGCCGGCAGUGCGCUUCUCUUGAGAUACCCUUGCUUGUACGUGUGUGCAAUUCACGACAGCAUUGUAUAGCCAAAUGAGCAAUGUUUGUUUUCUUG